AUGCUGCGUCUAACUUCGGCUUUUUUUCUAGCACUACUGCACUAUUGCAAUGCCCAAGCCCAAACCAGCCAAGUCAUUGCGCCUACAGACUGCGAGACCAUUGAGACAGAUGCGGGAAUGGCGCUGGAUUUGGUCAACAGGCAUCGCCAAGAUGGCUAUGUCUUCGGCUUAUUCCGCGUUGCUGACGCAUACAAACUACACAUGGAAAAUUCAUCAGUCCUUUACUUAACUUUGGAUGUGCUGGAAACAGAAUGCUCCGUGUUAUCUGGAAGGCACUGGGAGACUUGUGAAUAUGGCGAUCUCUAUUCCAUGGACUUUGGGCAGUGUAAGAUUAUCACACACACAAGCCAGCUGUGGAAGAAACCUAAAUUAUAUGGAUUUAAUUGUACAUUAAGUCCAGUUCCUCCCGAUUUACUAGAGUGCAAAGACUGUCCUGUAAAAAUUGAAAUCUUAGAAGUCACUGAGCAACAUAAAGAUAUUGCUGCAAAGCUCCUGGAAAAAUUCAACCAUGAGGGUAACCACACAAACUACUUCAAAGUCGAUAAAGUUGAGAAGAUUUUGAAGGCGACUGCCUCCCGUGAAGCUCACAUUUUAGGAUUCUCUAUAAAAGAGACCAACUGUUCCCGAGAAGAACAGCAACAAGCAGAUGAGCCACUGGAAUGUGAAUUUCUGGAUGAGUGGCAUGCUCACACGGGAUUCUGCAAGGCAAGAACUGUUAGUGACCCAGAGGAACCCAAUGGAAUAGAAAUAAACUGUGAACUCUAUCAUCCCUGGCAACGUUACUACGGACAAAGAUGUAGACCUCCAGCUCCAGGUUGGCCACACAAACAUUGCCAUCAUCAUGGACAUCAUCACAGGCAUAGAGGUCCACCAACCUUUCAGUUCAAACCUGAAGACUCUGAGCAUAACCAUGGUUUCAACAAAGAUCUUCAAGGCAGCCAUGAAGAACCUCCUCCUCCCUGCCAUGGUAGACAAUAUCACCACCCUCACCCUCCACACCACGGUCAAUCAACUCCUCCCCAGGAGAAACCAGAGCACCCCUCUUCCACUCCUCCUCUCUAUGAUGAACAACAUAGUCCUCCUCUUAUCCAAGAAAAAUCAGAUUUACCCCUUUCUUCUCCUCCUCCUUAUGAUGAACAACAUAGUCCUCCUCCUCCCCAUCAUGGGCCACACUGCCCUCCUCCUCAUGGACAUCAUCACCCACAUCAUCCUCACCAUCAUGGGCCACACUGCCCUCCUCCUCCCCCUCAUGGUCCUCACCAUCAUGGGCCACACUGCCCUCCUCCUCAUGGACAUCAUCAUCCACCUCCUCCUCCCCAUCAUGGGCCGCACUGUCCUCCUCCUCCUCCUCCUCCUCCAGGACACAAUCCUUACCCCUAUCGUCACUAUCACAGGCAUCAUUGCAACAAGACACGCACAUCUGGAAAGUCCUUUCCAUUCCAAGUAACAGGAGCUGUCUAUCGCAUUCCAGUUCUAAAUAUGCAGAAUUCUCUCACACCUCCCAGUGCAAAAUUUCCUGAGUUAUCACUUCUUGGCCCUCAUAGCACUGAUGAAGGUACUCCCUUCACUGACUCAAGUCUAAGGGAGAUGCCAGAAGCUCCAGAUUUUCCAGAUCACCCUUCACAAUCAAAGUUGUGCCCAGGAAAACCCAAACUUGACCUUCCAAAAAUUUUGCCUUUACUUCCACAUAAGUCAGAAAUGGCAAACUCCUGAACAACCUCAGAGAAAGAUGUUCCUGACUCAAGGGUUGCAGGGCCUAUGACAGAUGUACAGUGAAUGAUAAUAGCAUAUGGUGAAGGGGGGAAAGCAUACAAUUUUCAUAGAGGAGAAGCACUGACAUUACUGAUUAAGGCAAGUAUUCCAACCUGUUUCUUGAUCCCAGCUAUCUCAGACUCCACUGUAACUGAAAGAAAGAUUCAAAAGUCUGAGUCUCUCAAAUAAUGUGAUUGGGUACAAAUCUCAAGCAUAAAUAAUGAUCCUUUAGUUCAAAUGAAAAGGAAAAUUCCCUAACAGUGAAAAUCUUCAUUUUCUCAUAGUUCUUAAUUGCAGUGUACUUCUCCGAGGAAGUAUGAUCACCUUCCAUAAAAAAAAAAGAUC